AUGCAACAAUACAGAAUUUUACUGUUCAUAAUUGUAUUUAUCACUGGUACAUCGGAAAUAUGUGGACAACAAUAUGAGUGGUUUGGCGACUAUCAAUGGUCCGAUGAUGAAUGUAAUCAAACACAAUGCUGUUGUCCGCAUGGAACAUUAUCUGUCAUUGUUAAUGAAACAUCAAUUGGAUUUAUUUCAAAUUUGAAUGGUCGAGAUUGUGAAAAGGAAACUUUCAAUUUAUGGGCACCAUAUUUGAGAGAUACUACGGAUGUUUUAGGAAGAUUAUAUGGAUUUUCACUGAUAUCUUUAACCAUCAGUGAAAAUAGUAACAUAAUUACAUUAAUCAGAUUAGAUACAUCGAAUUGUGAUUUAAAAGCUAAAAAAAUACAUAAUAAUUCUACUAGUACUACUGUGGCUAUAACAAAAUUUCAAUCCGCUAUAUCAACGACUUCUGUGAUGCCGGCGAACGUCACUACAAUCUCUGUUAAGAUUAAGAGUAGCAGUAUAAUCAUUGCCGUUAUUGUUGUUUGUUCAAUAAUUGGUGCAUUGAUUGUGGGAGGAGUUUCUGUUCUUUUAAUACGUAGACGUCGUCGACAAUUAGUAUCAUGUCCCUCAUUUCUGUUACCGUCGUUUGAAAAUAUUGAAAUAUUGCCAGUGCUUUCUGAUUAUCGGUCGGAAAAUAAGGAACAGUUCACUGUCAUUUGGUUAGGUCUGGAGUACAUUAAAAAUUCUGAUCGAAUACAACUACGUUCGAUUAUUGAUUAUUUUCGAUCAUUUGAUGAUCCAAAAUCGUGCAAAAAUUAUAUUAAAACGACUGACUUUUUUUCGACUACAUCAAACCGUGAUUUAGCUCUUAAUAUUUUUGCGGGAGCAGGUCAAGCUGGUAGUGAUGAGGGAAAACAAUCUGUGCUAUUUGAGCUGAAAAUUGAUAAAGAAAAAACCAACAAAGCCUAUGUGAAUACUCAACAUUUAAGUUCUGUACCCGAUGAAAAUGAAACACUGUUUACUGUUGGUACCAUAUUUCAUAAAUAUGGCGAUGUUAGAUAUGAUGAAGUUCAACAUGUUUCAAUUGUUCAACUACAACUGAUUAGUGACAAGGAGGCACAAGAUCUUUGUAGUGGCGGAUAUUUUACGAGUGAAUACGAUCGUAUUGGUAAUGCAACCUCAAUAUAUGCUCAAUUUAUUAAAGUUGGAUAUUUACUUCAAAACUACACACAAAAUAAUUUUGAUUCGGUGAAAAAAUACUAUACGCUACUCUAUCAAUUAUCACCGCUUAUCUGUCAUGCAGGCUUAGGUUACGUCACCAGUGAAACACAAGAGUUUGAUUUAGCGUGGGCACAUCAAGAGGAAGCAUUAAGAAUUUACAAAUCAUCGAAAGGGUUGCAUGAUUCACCUGAUAUUGAAUUUCUUAUUUAUGAUUGCCUUGGCCAAAGUUUUCGAAGAAGAAAAAUUUGGGAUUUAGCUUUAGAGUGUUAUACGAACAUAGCUCGAAUAGACAGCAUUAAAGCUCUUAUGAGCGGAUAA